UAUUAGACUUCAAGCUAACCGGGUGGACUUUGAAACUGAAUAACUUUUGAACUAAGCGCCGCUAGCAGACGGAAAUUGAUUGGAAAGUAUUCCAGUCUUCUAGCAACUUGUAAGCCAAAACCGGUUGAGUUCAUUCUAGGAGAAAUUAUUUUAGAUAGAAGAACAUAGUCUAUAAAGUCUAAAAGGUCAACGCGUAGUGAUCAAAAUAUUUUUUGCCGGAAGGCCACAGCACUGCGAGAAGUCAGCGAACAUUGUUGCAUAUGUUAAGCAGGAAAGCCUUAAAUCAAAGCGGCCUACGUGAAUGGUGCAAACGAUUAAGCGACUGAGAUUGGAACCUUGAAAAUCACCGAUAAAGUGACAAGAUGUCAUAGCCCGAAGGGCAAGAACGCGUUUCCGCAAUGAAGAAGACUUUUAACGAAAGCAGAAUCUUAAAUCUAAGGGCUCUACCGGCCAAAACUCGCGUUCACAAGAGUGACAUAUAGCGAAUUACAGAGCUAUAAUUCAAAUACUGAAAAUACAAAAACUAAGUAAAAGAUGGGCGUUCCGUGAAUAGAUUACAAUCCAGUUGAAAACGCGCGGUGUAUUGAAUGUGCAGUAUGCGUGACUUAAGUCAACAAAAAACCUUCGUGUAGCAUAUUGUCGCUAUGGAUGAGUACGGUGUUGGAUAACUUCUCCAUGCUUCAAUUACUUCCAGGAUUGAGCAAAAGAGUAUUCAACGGUGUCGCUGUGGUACCUGUGGAGAGAUCUCGAGCUUUUCAGCGAUGGGCCUCCCCGCCUACGAAUCAAACAUGAAUGUUCCGUUAGGACAUCCUGACCGUAUGAAAUCUAAGAUGGUACCGCGACCCCUACAAAAACAUUUAGGAGUGCCAGGAUUCAACAGUCGCCUGUGUCAUGGCAAUAUUGAGCUCCGAAUGACCGUCGUAAGGUUCUAUUUGAUCCACUUCUAUAAAAUGUGAAGGAAUUGUUUCAUUGUGUGUGGCCUGGAAAUCCGCUACUAACAUAUUUGCUGUGUCUUGACUGAAAUACUACAUCAGCUUCUUCGGGAGCAGUUCUUCGAGUACUAUUCUUUUGAGGAAACGACCAUGGAGGCCAUUCAGCGAACCGUUCGCCUGAGGAUAGCACAAACGGUACCGAUACAAACCCAGCCGACGAGGCGCCUGUCCCAGAGGGAAAUGUGCUGUAGGCCUCCAGGGGUCCAAAUGCUUCCAGAAGCCAUUAGAAAUCAAGUAUUUCCCCUUAUUAAUCGAAGUCAGCCUUCGAAUGAAAGUAUUGAAGCUAUGAAAGACCACUUAAAGAGAUUCGGUCUGUGGCAUGCGAAAGCUGAUUGCUUAGACGACGUUAAUAUAGAACUGCCUCGAUUGCUUGGAGCAAACAUCGAGGAGCACUUUGAUAGUAUUGGAAAAAGGUUUAACAUGCUUUAUUUAGAUGCUUUGAAGGAACUUACCUCUGCUACCGUACCAAUUAUUCCAUCCAAGUUCGCCUUCCUGGAGGGUUGGGUGCGUUAUACGGUUGACGGUCACGCUUUUGAAAAAGUGGAAGCACCGGAGGGUGACGCACUUGUUUUCGACGUCGAAACGGUUGUCGUCGAGGGCGGUCUGCCUGUGAUGGCAGUCGCGCUAUCAAACAAAAGCUGGUUUUCUUGGUGUUCAACAGCCAUUGUUGGUGGCCGAGACCACCGGGUCGAAAGAGUGACCCCUAAUUUACUCAUUCCCCUUGGAACGGUAGAUCGUGAAACGAUUGUAGUAGGGCAUGCGGUAGGAUUCGAUCGUUCGUUCUUGAAAGAAGAAUACGAUGCUAGACAGUCAAAACGGCGCUUCCUAGAUACUUUAUCGAUGCAUGUCUGCGUCUCAGGGCAGGCAACCUCGCAGAAAAUGAUGACUUCUGUUCUGAAGAAGUGGAACGACCAUACUAAAAAUUCAACAAUGAAGCCGGUCUCGAUCGGUGACAUUUUCAAAUGGGGAAAAGUUUCAGCACUCAAUAACCUCGCUGACGUAUAUCAGUUGUAUUGCCAAGCAGAGCUUUCGAAGUCGGCGAGACAGACUUUCAUCACAGGUACAUCAGCUGAAAUCAGGGCCGAUUUCCAGCAAUUAAUGAACUACUGCUUUAGCGAUGUCAAGGCCACCAGGGAUGUUCUCGCAAAACUGCUGCCACUUUUCGUCAAACGAUUCCCACAUCCAGUUAGUUUUUUCGGUUUAACGGAAAGCUUAACGGCAUAUCUCCCAGUAAGUGAAAAUUGGAAUCGAUAUCUAAGCCGAGCAGAAGCUGUCUACAAUGAUACGAAUGCAGAAAUUCAGCAUAUUCUCAAUAUGUUGGCUAAUAAAGCCUGUCGGAUGCAUCAAGAUGGUUCUUGGAGAAAUGAUCCUUGGUUAUGGGACCUUGAUUGGUCUACACAAAAUUUAAAAUGCAAACAAAAAGCUUCACGAAGCGUAGACCUGUCUGAGGCAACAAAUAAUUUAUCGCCUAAACAGUCUGAUAUGAAAAGAGAAUAUCCAAAGUGGUACAGAGAGCUAUGUGCAAAACUUUUGGAGAAUGGGUUAGGGUUAUCGAACGAAGAAUUCGGUACUUGGAAGAUACCUGUUCGGGGACGGUGUAUUCCCAAGUUACUUAAACUCAUGUGGAAUGGCUAUCCUUUGCACUUUCAUGAAGAAUACGGAUGGGGGUAUCUGGUUCCCCAUAAUAAGCCAGGAGAUGAAUCCCACAAUAGAGAUUCAACUGGAUUUCCGCUGAAAGAGUAUACACUAAUUGUUAAUGCAGCUCGAGCAAGAUCAACAACAUAUAGCAAGUUUGCGUCAAUUCAACCUGUGGAGGAAAUUCUGGACCUAGAUGACUUGUCCAAACUAAGUAGUUAUAACGACUGGGAGACCAUGAGAAAAACGUUUAAAAAGCAUUUUAUUCCUGACUUACAACGCAAAUCUGGAAAAAACGAGAUUUUUUAUGAUCACCUGGAGCGAAUCAAGGACUGGAAAACUAUGAAAUCAAUUUCUUCACAUUGCGAGUCUGAAAAGAAUGACCUUAGCGUCAAGAACAGCUCAGGUAUGAAUACCGAAGCCAACAUCGAUAUCGGGAUUUCUGGUGUACUUUUUAGGCGAUUGCCACACAAAUACGGAGUUAAUUACAACGUUGGUACCCCACUUUCAGUUCAUUUUAUCGAGAAAUAUCAAGGCAAUCUUCUCAGAUCAUGGGAUGAUGAUAACGCCGAUCGUUUGCUGGAGCUUAUGAAACAGACCAUUCACUGGAGUACUGUCCGAGAAAGACUGCAACAACAAAUGUUCGUAUGGACAAGCGAAAACGAGGGUGUAGUCUUGCCGCGAUUAAUUCCAGCUGGUACAAUAAACCGUAGACCAAUGGAAAAGAUGUGGCUUUCUGGAUGCCACGAAAUAACGUAUCGUAUCGGUUCCGAGCACAGAACUUUGGUACACGCGCCACAAGGUAUGCAUUUUGUGCGAGCGCGCUUUGACUCCCUCGAAUUCUGGAUUGCUUCGAUUUUAGGUGAUUCAGCGUUUCAGGGGGUACACGCCAGCACGGCGUUCGGUUGGGCAACAGUACAGGGCCAAGAAGUCAGCGGGACCGAUGUGCACUCAAGAACGGCAGCUGUCUUAAACUGUUCUUUGGAUCACGCUAAAGUGAUUGACUUUGCUCGAAUAUAUGGGGCGGAAAAGGCGAUUUUAGCUUCUAUUUUUCGAACAUUUAAUCCCAGUCUCACAAAGAAAGAGGCUAGUGACCGUUGCGAAAGGCUGCUUCGCGUUACGAAAGGAGUACGAUGUGCCGCGACGGAAUUAGAUCAAAUGUUUUUCAAUAAAAGUAAAAAUCCUUUAUCGUGCCCACAACGUUGGUUUGCCGGAACCGAAUCACACGCAUAUAAUGCGCUCAAUCAGAUAGCUUUAGGAAAGAUACCGCGUACCCCAUUUCUGCUAGCCCAAAUUACACGGGCAUUAGAGCCAGCAGCUGUAGGUUCUUGCUAUAUGAAAGCGCGCCAGACCUGGAUCAUACAGAGUUCAGCAAUGGAUUAUUUGCAUAUGAUGCUAGCCUCGAUGAGAGACCUUUUCGAUCGAUUUCAAAUUGACGGUCGCCUCGUUGUGGCGAGUCACGAUGAAAUCAGCUAUAUGGUUCGGUCAAAAGACCGGUUUCGGGCCGUUCUCGCUAUGCAUAUAUCAAAUCUUUUCGUACGAUCGAUGUGUGCUUCCCGGUUAGGUAUACACGACUUGCCGUUCAGUGUGGCAUUCCUUGAUGCAGUUAGCGUAGACAAAACUCUCCGUAAAGAUGUGACAAACGACUGUGUUACACCAUCCAAUGCAGAGGGCCUGCAAAAGAAUUACGGAGUACCCUUAGGUGAGGUGAUUGAUAUCUACACAGCAAUCAAACAGACUGCUGGAGGCAAACUUACUGUGUAGUUUUAUUUUAAGGUGUUAACGUUCCGUUGGACGUUUAAAGUUCGAUUAAUUAAGAAUGUUAUGAAAGUACAGGAGAGGCGUACAAAUUUAUAUAUGGAACAUUUACGACUUGCAGCAAAUGUGCCAGUUGUUAACAUUUGAAAGAUAUUCUGCUAAAUCAUAAAAGCACAAUAUAGAAUUGUCUAAUAGGGAAGUUGUGCGCCCUGAGAGAUAAGCAACGUGACUGUACUGUGUGAUUGUGAGGACUUGAUUGUAUUGAUUUAAAUGAGGAAAUAGCGAUAGGUAUAUGCUACAUGAAAUAGAAGCAAAGCAAUAUCCAGAUUCGCGCCCAGGAUGUUAAUUGACCUUGUAAUAAAACAUGCAUAUACAAAUAGUUGUGACAUACAAAUCGCAUCAGAAUUGCAAGCUCACUAUAUCUCUUAACCUUUCCAAUCGUACUCACGGUAGGAUAAUGAAACGAGGUUGCGACAACGUUUUCCUUUAAGUUCAUCGAAUGUUAAUUAAUAAACAGAUGUAAAUUCGAUACGAUGCAUAUUUUUCAAACAUAAAUUGCAUAUGGAGCUGUAUCAAGGGUCUGCCAUGACCUAAAUCGUGCAAGCAUAUAAUAUAUUCUUCAGUUAUACGGUGUUUAACAGCACGAAACUAAUAACAGCUAUUUUUAGUGCAAUACCUUUAGUGGAAAAGAACGGCGCUAAACCUGUUAAUAUUAGAGAUUUUCCCUAAAACAUAAUUACAUGGUCUUUAGUAAGGUUCCAAUACUUCAAUCGAAUUUCGAAGGCCAUUCUUACAAAUUAAGGCAUAACGUUAGAAUUAAAUAUAUGAGUUGUGGAUGUGUACCCGUACCGAGCUUCGAACUCGCUGGCUUGGUACAAACAAGUAAACAAUGGUAAUAGAUACAUUAACAAGCAUAGAUAAAUAAUAUAAUUGAUCACAAUAUGAUUGACAGCAUAACUUAAUAUCUGGUAGAUUUCCCCUGUUCUUUAAUCACUUUAAUAAUAAAAUUCAUCGUUUUAAUAAUAAAAAUCACGUGGUUUCAAUUACUAUAGUUGAGUAAAUUGCCUUACGAUUGAAUAAUGGCCAGAGAUUUUUUGUGUGUGUAAAUUAGAUUUUUUACACAGCUAAUUCCGAACGACUUUAUGGGUUUCUCUAAAUCCCAAGUAAAAUGUGGGAAUGAACUAACGCAAGCUUUUGUGGAAGGACCUGAUCAAACGAGGAGACAAUGUUAUAAAGAGAGAAUAUUUGUUAAUCGUCCAUUAACGUUUCACCAAAAUUCUAUGUACAAUAUAUUAUUGGAUAUAGAAUUUCCCAAAUAGAGCUACUCAGUGUGUGCCAAACCUUGGGUUGAAUUUAGUAGAAUGACGCGCAACCUAGAGGUAUUUUAAAAGACUGUUAUCGGUUUAAUGCCUUCCUAUUUACUCGCCAUUUUCGUCAACAACAAUAACAGUGCCUCUAACAAACCGAUAUAAAGACCGUGAAUUUUGUCAAAAAAAGUAGUUUCCUUUAGGUUUGGUCAGGAGUACGUGUUGAUCAGUAUUACUUAGCGUAUUGUUAUAACUUCAAUAUUUAGAAAUCAUACAGAACCGUUAUUGAACAUUUUGAUGAAACACAUCAAAAUAAUUUUGGAUACAUGGGUCCAAUUAAUGAGAAUGCGAUUCGUUUUCGGAUUAUACUUUUGAAGCACAAUCAACCUCUAUAGAAUAUUAUCUCUAUCUUAAAGAAUA